AUGGCGACCCACCGCGCCGGGCUGCUGCUCUGCGCCGCAGCGCUGGUGACCGCCGACGGAGGCCCGCACCGCGGUGGCCCCUUCUCGAGCGCUGGCGGAGCCGGAGCGUUCGCCGCCGGAUCGCGUCUCCGCACACCGAGCUCCAGCUACGGUCCUCCGCACGGCUACCCAGAUGGAGUAGGGUACGCCGACAAAAAGGACGGGUACGGAUACGGAGCCACUGGCGGAUACGACUCGUACAAGAACCCACACGACAACGGCUACCAGCACGCAAACCCCCACUCGCUCGGGAAGCUGUCGAGUGGGUACGGUGAUCCGUACAAACGUCAUCAGGGCGGAUACAAUAAGAAUCCGUACCAUUCUAAUGACGGAUAUGAUAAAGACCCGUACCAUCCCUAUGACGGAUAUGAUCAGGAUCCGUACAAGAAGCGUAACGAAUAUGACCCGUACAAGAGCCAUCAAGAUGGAUACGACAAUGACCCACACAACAAACAGCAAGAUGGAUACUCUGACCCGUACAAGAAGCCCCACACCGGCUACGGUGAUGAUCCGUAUAAGAAUUCCCCUACGCUUGGUAGACUAACUGGCGGGUAUGAUGAUCCUUACAAGAAAACCCAUGGUAAUGGAUACGACAAGGAUCCCUACAAGCCCCAUGGUGACAGUUACGACGAAGAUCCCUACAAGCCCCAUGGUGACAGUUACGACAAAGAUCCCUACAAGCCCCAUGGUGACGGAUACGAUACUGAUCCCUACAAGACCAAUGGUGAUGGAUACGGGGAUCCAUACAAGCCUAAUAAUGACGGAUAUAACCAGGAUCCCUACAAGUCACAUGGUGAUGGAUACAAGAACGAUCCCUACAAGAAGCCACAGGGCUACGCUUCUUUCUCAUUCAAAAACCCGCAGAACCAGGGUUUCCGGAGUGCUGCAUUCCCUUCAGCCCUGUCUAGUGGCGCAGGCUUCCCCGGCUCAGGGGUAGGAGGGCUCGGAAAGUUCCCGGGCCCUUUCGGAGGGGCAGCCGCCUUCCCGGGCGCAUUCAAUCGCGCUCCAGUGUUCCCCGGCUCCUUCAAUGGCGGCGGCUAUCCGUUUUAG